GAGGUCUGCUGGCGCUGUUUUCAUCGGUGACGGCCUCGGCGGACCCUCCCGACUGAACCCCGUGAUCAACCAAAGAACACAACAAAAGUGGGAGGAAAAGAAAGAUGGCGAGCGGGGAGGAGGCUGGACACCACUCCGUUUCCUCCUCUUCGGUGGGUCUGGAGGCCCUGUUCCCUGCUGAAGAAGACGAUCAGGCUGGCGCGGAUGGAAACCCGGAGCUGCAGCGGCUUCAGGAGAGCCUCCAGGGCUGGCUGUCGCAUUACGAGCCCGUAAUCUAUACGGUGCAAAGGCUGCUGGUGUGGGAGAGGCCCCUUCAUAGCAUCUGCGUUGCACUCGCUCUGAAUACCGCGUUCUGGCUUCUGUCCUCCACGUCCCUGCGACCUAUUUUCCUCGUGAGUGUCUCGGUUCUCGGACUCUUGCUUCUAGAGAGAUGGAAGCACAAGCUGCCAAAUCUCUCAGUCCAAGGCCCAGCCUCCGUGAAUGAAAGGGAGAGCGAGGCAGGGCACCCUCGGCUCCUCAGCGUGCCGGAGCUGAGCCACCACCUGGCCGAGAGCUACCUCACCUGUAAACUGUACCUGCAGGAGGUGCUGCAGUACAAACAGCUGAACCACGGAAAGUUCUGUUUGCUGAUGUGUGCAGGGUGCCUGGUACUGGCUGUGGUGGGACACUACGUACCAGGAAUCAUGAUUUCCUACAUUAUAUUGCUGAGCGUGCUACUGUGGCCCCUGGUGGUGUACCACGAGCUGAUCCAGAAGAUGUACACUGGCCUGGAGCCCAUCCUCAUGAAACUGGACUACAGCAUGAAGGUGGACACUCAGCCCCACAAGAAGAAGGUGAAGAAGGAGUCAGAGGAGGGGGGUGAGCCGCAGGUGGAGACGGAGAGCGAGAGCGAAGAGGAGCUGUCCUGCUUCGCUCCCACGGUGGACGUGAAGACCACUGCCUUGGCAAUGGCCAUCACAGACUCUGAGCUCUCUGACGAGGAGGCCUCUAUCCUGGAGAGUGGGGGGUUCUCUGUGUCCAGAGCCACCACACCACAGCUCACCGAUUUCUCCGAAGACCUGGACCGGCAGAGUGUGAGCAGUGAACAGGAGGAGACGACUUCCACUGACCUACCAGAGUUUCCCUCUGUGGACGAUUUCCCCAUCGAACAGGCCCUACUCCACUUUCCAGUGCGGUCGCCUGGCCACGGCGAGGGGGCGACCACAGACCCCCAAGGACAGGAGCAGCAGACCCCUGCCAGCCUCCUGAUCCAGCAACUGGCCUCCCCGCUGCACUUUGUCAACACGCACUUCAACGGGCACGGCCAGCCCCCAGGCGCGGCCAGGCCUGCGAAGGAGGCCCCGCAGACCCAGACCCUGUCCCUGGAGGCCCUGAGUGAGGAGAUAGUGAGCACGGCCAUCUCUGCUGUGGUGCAGAACACCCGCUCGGCUCUGCUGCGGUGCGGGGAGGCCGGCGAGGGUGGGGCCAUCGCUGAACCCUGCCCAGCUGGCCCUCACACAGCCCCGCCUACUGAGACGCAGCCCCAGCAUGAGCACCCAGAGUGCAGUGCCACAGAGAUGCCCACGGACACGCCCACUGACACGCCCACACCCGUCGACACGCCCACACCCGCUGAGGAGGACUUUGAACUGCUGGACCAAAGCGAACUGGAGAAGGUGGACAAAGAUCCGCGCCUGGGUUCUGAGGAGCAGGAAACGGACUCCACCGAGCCCGCACAGACGACUCCGCCCAGCCAACACACCGAGGAGUCCUAGCUUUCCCACCACUUCUAGUAAACUUUCAUUUAUUUAUAUACAUAUACAUGUAUACAGUUUACUUACAUUCUCACUUACCAGAGGUUUUUUUUUUUUUUGAGGAUUUGAAGUUGACUACUGUCUGUCUUUUUUUUUUGUGACUGAAGACAGGUUGGGGACCGAUUCUUAACUGAAUACCUACACUCUGACCUUGAAUUUGGGGAGUGACAGCAGCUUGUGUUGCAUGAUACCUUAACUUCUAUUUCCUACUAAGGGAUCAUGCGGUCAAAGCGGCGGGUCAUUGCUAGGUUUCAGAUCAGCCCGUCAGGUCAUGGUCUCAGUUCAUUGUGAACAAAAUGAACAGAUCAGAGCUGUUGAUAUAUUUUAAAAAACAAAAA